CGAGGAAGCCGGAAGUCACCGCUGCUGCCGCCGUCGUCCCCUCCCCGUCCCCGCCCGCCGGGUACUGAGGUUGACAGGUCGAGGCGGGGAGGCGGCGGCGGCAGCGGCGACAGAGCCGGGCGCCCGAGACGGAGACCCCAUGGGGAACGCUCCGAGUCACAGCAGUGAAGACGAAGCGGCAGCCCCCGGGGGCGAGGGCUGGGGCCCGCACCAGGACUGGGCCACGGACCCCGGCAUGGCCCCCGGCCCAGGCCCUGCUGCCCCGGCGCUGCCGCCGGCCCCGGCGCUGUUGGAGCCGGCCCGGCUGCGAGAGGCGGCGGCUGCGCUGCGGCCCUCGCCGCCCUGCGAGUCCCUGGUGUCUAGGCACCACGGCGCGCUGCUGCGCUGGCUGGAGGAGCGGUUGGGCCGCGGCGAGGAGUCCGUCACCCUGGAGCAGUUCCGGGAACUGCUGGAGGCUCGUGGCGCCGGCUGCUCGGGCGAGCAGUUCGAGGAGGCCUUUGCCCAGUUUGAUGCUGAAGGUGAUGGCACUGUUGAUGCUGAGAGCAUGUUGGAGGCCCUCAAGAAUUCCAGUGGAGCUAAUCUUCAGGGGGAACUGAGUCACAUCAUCAGACAACUUCAGGCUUGUUCUCUUGUCCCAGGUUUCAUAGACAUUUUUUCGGAGUCCAAGGAAGGGCUGGGUGCUCACUCAUCAGUGAUACUGCGCUUUUUGCAUCGCAAUCGGCUCUCGAGUGUGGUCAUCCCAUACCCCAUGUUGGACCACUGCAAUAACAUGUGUACCAUGAGGGCUUCUGUUCUGAAGGAGUCUCUGGAUGAACUGGUACAAAAAGAAAAAGAAAGCCCUGGAGAUCUAACUGGAAGCCCAGAGAUGGAUAAGCUCAAGUCAAUAGCAAAGUGCUAUGCUUAUAUAGAAACAUCCUCCAAUCCUGCAGACAUUGACAAGAUGACAAAUGGAGAAACAUCAUCUUAUUGGCAGUCAGAUGGCAGUGCCCGCUCACACUGGAUUCGUUUAAAAAUGAAGCCAGAUGUGGUCCUUAGGCACCUAUCCAUUGCAGUGGCUGCUACUGACCAGAGCUACAUGCCGCAGCAGGUGACAGUAGCCGUGGGAAGGAAUGCCAGCGAUCUGCAGGAAGUCCGUGACGUGCACAUUCCCAGCAAUGUCACCGGCUAUGUGACACUGCUGGAAAAUGCGAACAUCAGUCAGCUCUAUGUCCAGAUUAACAUAAAGCGUUGUCUUAGUGAUGGAUGUGACACUAGAAUUCAUGGUCUCAGGGCUGUUGGCUUUCAGAGAGUUAAGAAGUCUGGGGUCUCAGUCUCAGAUGCUUCUGCAAUAUGGUAUUGGUCCCUUCUGACGUCUCUGGUGACGGCUUCCAUGGAGACAAAUCCAGCCUUUGUCCAGACAGUGCUGCGCAAUACUCAGAAGGCACUGCAGCACAUGCCUCCACUGUCCCUUUCACCGGGAUCUACGGAUGGCUCAACUUUCCUGUCUCCCAACGUUCUGGAAGAAGUGGACAGCUUCCUCAUAAGGAUAACUAGUUGCUGUUCUACCCCAGAGGUGGAGCUGACUCUCCUGGCUUUUGCACUAGCAAGAGGAAGUGUUGCUAAAGUGCUGAGCUCUCUGUGUACUAUCACAGACCACCUGGACACACACUACGAUGCCUCGUCCCUCAUCUCAUCCAUGGCAGCGGUCAGGCAGAACCUACUCCUUAAAUAUGGUAAGCCGCUCCAGCUGACGUUGCAGGCCUGUGAUGUCAAAGGAAAAGAAGAGAAGUCGGGACCUGAAAACCUCCUUGUUGAACCAUGGACGAGGGAUGGUUUUCUCACAGAGACUGGAAAAACUAGAGCAAGUACUAUUUUUUCUACAGCAACUGACUCUGCCCUCCAAGUUACACAGAUCAGAAUUAUGGUUCGACGUGGCGGCAUUGGUGCCCAGUGUGGGUUGGUGUUUGCCUAUAACUCAUCUUCUGAUAAAUUUCAAGCAGAAGAACACUUCAAAAGGUUUGAAAAAUAUGACAAAUGGAAACUUAAGGAAUUCAGGCAAUUUGUAAAAAGCAGGGUCGGUUGCUCACCUGAUGAUCUUGGAGAGGAUGAUCCUAUUGGCUGGUUUGAGCUGGAAGAAGAGUGGGAUGAAGCAGAGAUCAAGCUGCAGCAGUGCAGAGUUGCCAGAUACUUGAUGGUGAAGUUCCUCUGCACCCGUCAGGAGUCGGCAGAGCGCUUGGGAGUACAAGGCUUGAGCAUCAGUGGCUACCUCCGGCCUGCGAGAGCAGAAGCAGAACAGAGUGCCAUCUGUGCUCACUGCAGAAAGGACAUGGAGGAGAGUGUCUGCGGGGCCUCACUGCUCCUGAGGACCCUUCAGUUCAUCCAGCAGCUUGCCCAUGACCUGGUGCAGCAGAAGGAAAGUGGCCUAAAAUAUAAGUCUUUUCUGGACUUCGCGGGUCUUGAUUUGGAAAUCUUCUGGAAUUUUUACAGCAAAUUAAAGCAAAACCCGAGGGAAGAAUGCAUCUGUGCCCAAACCCUGCUUUUGCAGCUUCUCCAGAGCUGCUUCUUGGUGCUGCAGAGAGACUCUGCGGCUGCCUCUGAGGACGCAAAGGCUCCCCGCCAGAGCCCCCGGGCAGUGGAGGCCGCCAAGGAGCUCUAUACACACUUAUGUGAUGUGGUGGAUAGGGUGGAUGGAGACUCUGUGCCCAUGGAAAUAUUGAAGCAAGAAGUCAGGAAUACCCUUCUCGGUGGAGCUGCCAUCUUCUUUCCUGAUCGACAGACCCAGCGGAACCAUCUCUUCACCAUGAUGAAAAAUGUCACUGAGCAGGAACAUAAGCAAUCUCUGCAGCUCACUUUCCGCUCACUGUGCACAUAUUUUAGUGAUAGGGAUCCAGGCGGCCUUCUGCUUCUACCCGAGAAAGGCGACCUGGCCGACACGAACAUCAGCGAAGUUCUGGCUGUCAUGAGGACUCUCCUCUCUGUUGCUGCUCGAGAGUGUGAACUGUUGAUGCUCAACAAGGCCCAAGCGGAGGUUGGUUCUGUGCUCUUCUCCCUUUUCUGGUCUGUCCAAGGCAGCCUGCUCUCCUGGUGCUACCUGCAGCUGAAGAGCACAGACCCUGGAGCCAAAGAGCUUGCCAUUGACCUUAUUGAAAAAUAUGUGGAACAAUUUCUGGGAAGCACAAGAAUGAUUUUGGAGUCCCUUUUGUCACAGUAUAGUGGAAAAGCCAUAGUAGAAAAACUAUGUAAUUCGGUGUUUUCAAUGGCAGCUCGACAACUGGUAAUCUUUCUGCUGGACUUUUGCACUUUAGACAUUUCCCACUGCACACUCCUGAGAGAAUUCAGUACCCUAACAGAGUUGUUGAAGAGGCUCUGCAGUGACCCCGAGGGAGGACUCAAUAAGUUGGAUGUCGAGACUUGGCAACAGGAACAGCCAGUGGUGUUACAUACAUGGACUAAGGAGUCUGCCCACAACUAUGAAAAUAAUUGCCACGAAGUGUCUGUCUUUGUUAGCCCAGGGGCAACCUAUUUUGAGGUGGAAUUUGAUGAGAGGUGUGAAACUGAAAAAAGGUAUGAUUAUCUGGAAUUUACCGACUCUAGAGGUGGAAAAACACGUUAUGACACAAAAGUUGGCACUGAUAAAUGGCCCAAGAAAGUGACCUUUAAGACUGGUCCUCGGCUACAGUUUCUCUUCCAUUCUGACAGCAGUAACAAUGAGUGGGGCUACAAAUUCACUGUUACUGCUUAUGGCCUGCCAGAUGUUGCCGUGUCUUGGGGGUUGGAUUUGCAACUUCUUGUUUCCCGACUGAUGGGACGUCUUGCUUCCCAGUGCAUGGCGCUCAAGUCUGUGCAUCAGUUAGGAAGUGACAUGGCAGUACCUCAGGCAAAAAUGGCAUUAGUCCUAAACUCCUCCUUGUGGAAACCUGUCUUCAGGCAUCAGAUAUGUCCAGAGUUGGGACUAGAAGCAAGCUGGCCCACUCAUCCACAACAGCAUAGUAAGGAGGUUAAGAACAUCCCUGAUGAUCCCUGCCACCGUUUUCUUCUUGAUUUUGCACAGUCAGAUCCUGCCCAGAACUUCUGUGGGCCAUAUUCAGAACUUUUCAAAGGAUUCAUACAGGCAUGUAGAAAACAGGCCCCAAAGACAGAUAUAGUUGCUGGUUCCACUAUUGAUCAAGCUGUGAACGCCACCUUUGCUGCUCUGGUGUAUCGCACUCCAGACUUAUAUGAGAAGCUGCAAAAAUAUGUAAACAGUGGGGGCACGACAGCCCUGAGUGAGGAGUUUGCACAAGUGUAUGCCUUGGCAGAUGGGAUUCGAAUAUGGAUGAUGGAGAUAAAGCAGAAGUCCCUGGUGAACCUGGGGAAUGAGGCAGAAGAAAAACGUGGGUCAGAAGCUGCUGAGGCAAACCCUGAGAGCCUGGCAAAAGAAUGUAUUCAGAAGAGUCUUCUGUUACUAAAAUUUUUGUCCAUGAGUAUGAGUUCAAAAGAAAGCUGUGACAAGUUGGUGACUACAGAUGAACCUGAUCACCAUCUGCAGCCACUUGACAAGCGCCAGAGGACAAGCUCUGUGGUGGAAGAGCAUUUCCAGGCCUCGGCAUCUCCCACGGACACAGCGCCCCCUGCUGCUCCCACGGACACAGCGCCCCCUGCUGCGGGAGAAAGGAGUCCUGGCUUGGACCUCCAGCCGAAGCUGCCACCCAGCAGUGGCCCUCCUGCCACAGAGGUGUCUUCUGCCACAGCCGAAGAGCCCUCUUCACCUUCCACCCCCACUCGGCGGCCCCCCUUCACCCGAGGGCGACUCCGGCUGCUCUCCUUCCGGUCCAUGGAGGAGGCCAGACCAGUGCCCACAGUGAAAGAGAAGUACCCUGUGCUGAGGGAUGUCAUGGACUUCAUUAAAGAUCAGUCACUCUCCCACGAGAGUGUUGUAAAGGUUCUUUCCUUGAGAAAAGCCCAAGCCCAGAGCAUCCUUGAAGUCCUGAGGAUCAUUCAGUAUUGUGCAGAAGCCCUGGGGCAGCCGCAUUGCUUCCAUCCACCUUUUAUACUUUUCCUGUUGGAACUUCUGACGUGCCAGAAAGAGUUCACCAAUUAUUUUGGACACUUGGAAGGCUGUGGUGCAGCUCUACACAAAGAAAUUCGAGACACUUACUAUCGAUUUGUCCUCUUUAUGGUCAAAGCAAUUAAAGGAUUUAGUAGCAUAAAUGACAGGUCCUUGCUGCCUGCCUUAUCCUGUGUUCAGACAGCUCUACUCCAUCUCUUGGAUAUGGGCUGGGAACCCAGUGAUCUCACCUUCUUUGUUGACAUUCAGUUACCAGAUCUCCUCAUGAAAAUGUCACAAGAAAAUAUAAGUGUCCAUGACAGUGUGAUCAGCCAAUGGAGUGAAGAAGAUGAGCUAGCUGAUGCCAAGCAGAAUUCAGAAUGGAUGGAUGAGUGUCAAGAUGGCAUGUUUGAGACCUGGUAUGAAAAAAUAGCCCAGGAAGAUCCAGAGAAGCAGAGGAAAAUGCACAUGUUUAUUGCUCGCUACUGUGACCUGUUAAAUGUGGACAUCUCUUGUGAUGGAUGUGAUGAGAUUGCCCCAUGGCAUCGCUACCGGUGCCUGCAGUGCAGCGACAUGGAUCUCUGCAAAACUUGCUUCCUAGGUGGGGUGAAGCCUGAGGGCCACGGAGAUGACCAUGAAAUGGUCAACAUGGAGUUCACCUGCAAUCACUGCCAGGGUUUGAUCAUAGGCCGGAGGAUGAAUUGCAAUGUGUGCGAUGACUUUGACCUUUGCUAUGGAUGCUAUGCAGCAAAGAAAUAUUCCUAUGGCCAUUUGCCUACCCACAGUAUCACGGCCCACCCGAUGGUGACCAUCCGGAGCAGUGACCGACAGAGGCUCAUCCAGCCCUACAUCCACAACUAUGCCUGGCUGCUCUUUGCCGCCCUGGCUCUCUAUAGUGCCCACCUGGCCAGCUCAGAGGAAGUGGAUGGUGAGAAGCUGGAUCCCCAGGCCCGCAGCUGUGCCGUCACCCUGCGGAGCCAGUGCAUGCAGCUUGUUGGGGACUGUCUCAUGAAGGCCCACCAGGGAAAAGGUCUUAAAGCCCUAGCUCUUCUUGGUGUAUUGCCAGAUGGUAGUGCUACUCCAGGAAAUCAGGCCCCACCAGUCAUGGUGCCCUCACAAACGGCAGAGGAGCAGCCGGAGAAGGAAACUGUCCAGAUUGCGGAGGAGCUGGCAGAUGCAGGCCCUUUUGUGCACUGCAAUGGAGAGAGUGGUGUUCAGAAGGAAAGCAUACCUUUGGAUCCCAAGCAGAGAAAUAAGGCAGAUGAAAGUGGGUCAGGCCAGACUCAAAUUUCAGACUCUCCUGCUGAUGCUGCCACACCUACAGGACUUUCAGAUGCUGAAAAUUCAGGAGCAGCAUCUCAGAAGCCCGUCGAGGAAAAGGCAGUUACUCCAAGCCCUGAGCAGGUGUUUGCUGAGUGUUCCCAGAAGAGGAUUCUGGGCUUAUUAGCAGCCAUGUUACCUCCCUUAAAGUUGCAGGAUCCCACAGUCCCCCUGAUAGACCUGGAGCACGUGCUCCCACUCAUGUUCCAGGUUGUCAUCUCCAACGCAGGCCACCUGAAUGAGACCUACCAUCUCACGCUGGGUCUCCUUGGCCAGUUAAUAAUCCGCCUUUUGCCAUCAGAGGUAGAUGCUGCAGUGAUCAAGGUCCUCUCAGCCAAACACAACCUAUUUGCUGCAGCGGACAAUUCCAUUAUGCCAGAUGGCUGGAAGACCACCCACCUACUCUUUAGCCUGGGAGCUGUGUGUCUGGACAGCCGGGUGGGUUUGGACUGGGCGUGCUCCAUGGCAGAGAUCCUGCGGUCACUCAACAGUGCCCCAUUGUGGCGCGACGUCAUUGCCACCUUCACAGACCACUGCAUCAAGCAGCUGCCUUUCCAACUGAAGCACACCAACAUCUUCAGCCUGCUAGUACUGGUCGGCUUUCCUCAGGUUCUCUGUGUGGGGACCCGCUGUGUUUAUAUGGAUAAUGCCAAUGAGCCACAUAAUGUGAUCAUCUUGAAGCACUUCACUGAGAAAAACAGGGCCGUGAUCGUUGAUGUCAAAACCCGUAAAAGGAAAACAGUGAAGGACUACCAGUUGGCCCAGAAAGGAGGAGGACAGGAAUGCAGUGACUCUCAGGCCCACUUGAGCCAGUAUUCCCAGCACUUUGCCUUUAUCGCCAGUCACCUUCUGCAAACCAGCAUGGACAGCCAUUGUCCUGAGGCCGUGGAAGCAACUUGGGUCCUGUCCCUGGCCCUCAAAGGAUUAUAUAAAACACUAAAGGCUCAUGAUUUUGAAGAGACUCAUGCUACCUUCCUUCAGACUGAUUUGCUGAAGCUCCUGGUGAAAAAGUGCAGCAAAGGGACUGGUUUCAGUAAAACGUGGCUCCUCCGAGACCUGGAAAUCUUGUCCAUCAUGCUGUACUCCUCAAAAAAGGAGAUCAACACUUUGGCUGAGCAUGGAGACUUGGAGUCAGAUGAGCGAGGGGACCAAGAGGAGGAGGUGGAACGGACCAUCAGCAGCCCGAGUGAGCCAGAGCAGAAAAAGCUAGACCCUCUGGAAAGCCUGGAUGAGCCCACCAGAAUAUGUUUCCUGAUGGCUCACGAUGCCCUCAAUGCCCCUCUGCACAUUCUCCGGGCCAUAUACGAGCUACAGAUGAAAAGGACCGAUUCGUUCUUCCUGGAAGUCCAGAAGAGGUUUGAUGGCGAUGAGCUCACCACGGAUGAAAGGAUACGGGCCCUGGCGCAGAAGUGGCAGCCCAGUAGGAGCCUGAGACUGGAGGAGCAGAGUGCCAAAGCCGUGGAUACAGACAUGAUUAUCUUACCGUGCUUGUCCCGGCCCACUCGCUGUGACAAGGCCACUGCUGAAUCAAACCCCGUGACCCAGAAGCUGAUCUCCAGCACGGAGAGUGAGCUGCAGCAGAGCUACGCCAAGCAGCGGCGUACUAAGAGCGCCGCCCUCCUGCACAAGGAACUGAAUUGCAAGAGCAAGAGGGCAGUCCGGGACUACCUUUUCCGGGUGAACGAGGCCACCGCAAUCCUGUAUGCCCGCCAUGUGCUUGCAUCCUUGCUUGCCGAGUGGCCUGGGCACGUGCCAGUGAGCGAGGACACCCUGGAGCUCAGUGGUCCUGCCCAUAUGACCUACAUUUUUGACAUGUUCAUGCAGCUGGAGGAAAAGCACCGGUGGGAGAAGAUCCUGCAGAAGGUGCUCCAAGGCUGCCGAGAGAACAUGCUGGGGACCAUGGCCCUGGCCGCCUGCCAGUUCAUGGAGGAACCAGGAAUGGAAGUGCAAGUGAGAGAGUCAAAACACCCAUAUAACAACAACACCAACUUUGAGGAUAAAGUUCACAUUCCUGGUGCAAUCUACCUCUCAAUCAAAUUCGAUUCUCAGUGCAAUACAGAGGAAGGCUGUGACGAAUUAGCCAUGUCCAGCAGCAGUGACUUUCAGCAGGAUCGACAUAAUUUCAGCGGGUCUCAACAGAAAUGGAAAGAUUUUGAGCUUCCAGGAGACACUCUGUAUUACCGCUUCACCUCUGACAUGAGCAACACUGAGUGGGGCUACAAGUUCACUGUGACGGCUGGACACCUGGGGCGAUUCCAGACAGGAUUUGAGAUUUUGAAGCAAAUGUUGUCAGAAGAAAGAGUUGUGCCGCACCUCCCCUUGGCCAAAAUUUGGGAAUGGCUGGUAGGCGUGGCCUGUCGCCAGACUGGUCAUCAGCGACUAAAAGCUAUUCAUCUACUGCUGAGGAUUGUGCUGUGCUGCAACCACAGCGACCUCUGUGACCUCUCGCUGUUAAAGCCCCUGUGGCAGCUCUUCACCCACAUGGAGUACAGCCUGUUUGAGGACGUGACUCAGCCGGGCAUCCUCCUCCCCCUGCACCGCGCCCUCACUGAGCUCUUCUUCGUCACCGAGAACCGUGCCCAGGAGCUUGGCGUGCUGCAGGAUUACCUGCUGGCCUUAACCACCGACGACCACCUUCUCCGCUGUGCAGCUCAGGCUCUGCAGAACAUCGCUGCUAUCAGCCUUGCCAUCAACUACCCAAACAAGGCAACCUGCCUCUGGAACGCCGACUGCUAGCUCCAGGGAGGCCUGCAUGGAACCAGCGAAUCUGACCCAGGGGUUUUACAGCAGAAAUCUAAACGCAUUCAGGAACAUCCCUGCGGCGCCAGCACCUGGCUUCUCCGAGCUCUCACUUCCACUCCGAUCAGAAUGCCCAGCAGGCUGGACACCGACACGUCCCGUAGCAUGUGAGGCUGAGCAGAGCAGCGCGGCAUUACCCAGAGAGGGCGUUCAGAGACGCUUUCUCCGGCGUCUGUCUCGGCCGAGCUGGAGCUGCCUGCACACGCCCUCCGGGGGAAGACCAGUCUGCAGAGCCGCCUUUCUCGGCCUACGGGCGCCUCUUGCUUUAGCUUCCUGAGACUGGGCAGUCCCACCUGAAACCAGUGAGAGCCGGGUGCCGCCCAGCUCCCUAGCCACAGCCGCCCCAGAGGAAUCCUCGGUGGGAACACGUGAGAACACGUGCCCUGGGAUCAGCAGCCGCCCGAGGGUGUCUGCUCGUGCUCCCAGCACAUCCAGGCCUUUUCAGUUGUUUUAACAUAUUUUCGUUUUUAGGACAGAACUGCACUGCCUCCCUGAGAGGACACCAGGAGAAUGGCCAGUGGCCCAGUCACUCAGGCAAACUGGUUUGUGUGAAAGCAGCAGAACUAAGGAAUCUCUUUAGUUCCUGUGCCUGAAAAGGCCUGAAAUGCCAUCAGGAGAGAUCUUACUUUGGAAGUCACACAAACAUGCAGACCCAUGAUUUCUCUCUGCCCCACGGUCACAGUAACUCCUCACGCCCCCUCGGAGCUCCGCGCAGUCACUUGGCUGUCACUUGUCCAGCAAUAACUACAUUCGUUCCAGUGAAUGCUUUUCCAUCUUUCUUUUUAUGGCUGUAGUCUUGCCCUGAAGUGCUGAUUAUUACUCUUUCCAAAGCCACGCUCUGGAGUCUGAAGCCAGAUUGGCAUGCGGAACGUAUGUAAGCCUCGGUGGGACUUGUGGGCAUAAGGAAUGCCUGAGGCUGCUGCCAUUUAAGGGCUGGUGCCGGGCCUGAGCACGUCCCACAUGUGGGACCUGCCCCCAGGCAGGCUGCUUGUAGCCCGGCCACAGGGAGCAGGUCAGCACGGCCGUGGCCUCCACAGCCCCUCUGAGGCUCCACAGGUGUCCGGACCGGAGAGGCCAUGGCUGCGGGUCCCGGAGGGCCUUGCUGCCAGGGCCCUGCUGCCUUCCGGCUCUGGGGUCCAGGCGUAGUGACCUUCUGCAGCCCAGCUCUCGAUCCUCAGCCAGGCCCAGCUGCAUGGAAGGGAGAAUUCAAAGGAGACACAAACAGAUGGGGCAGGUCCCAAACUUGGUGACCUGAGGCUCAUCGCCCUGGCCUGGUCUUCCAUGGUGGUGGGAAGUGGUGAGACAGGCGCUGCCAGCUUGGUAGAAACCCCUUUCUUCUCGUUCGCUCUGCCUGCUUUCCCGGAGGAGGCCCCUCGCUCCAUACACCCAGACCCAAGUAGGGGUCACAGUAAGGAGGGCAGUCACAGGGACAAAGAGGUCCCCACCGUGGGCACAGACUCACUGACGGACUGCCUGCCUGGAAGACAGACAAGCAGAUGGUGCAACUCACCGCCUAACCUCGCCACGCCACCCACACCCUCCACAUCUCCCACCGACUCAUGGUGAAGUGGAGACAAGACGGGCAGGUGUCACACCCUCAUGGCAGUUGCCACCAGCUUUACCCCCUUGCUCCCGUCAGGAAGAUAAAUUGUAAAUAAGCACUGGACUCCUCAUAGCUUCUCUCUAUACACCA